AAACAAAACCCUUUCCAGUUUCCCCGCUUAGCUUGGUUGAAUCAGAAACAAGUCUGAGUCACCGGAAGACGUUAUCGGAGUCAGCACUGGACCCAACUAGCCGGUAGAAGUCAUCGACCGCCAUAAUAAUUAUGGAUCUUCAUUAUCAUCUCUAGCCUUAAUCAUGACCAUAGUUCUCAAGUUUCUUAGAGUCACCUCCAUGCAGUCAAUAUAUGGCGCUGUUGUUCUUGUUCGCGACCCCUCUUGCAUAUGUUGUCCACGAACUUUCAUUUCUUCUUUAGCAAAUUGUCACUCUGGAGAAGAAGCUAGCAACUUUUGGCGUAAACAACAAUCUCAAGACCUUACGAGGUCUGUGGACAUUCUUACUGCAAAAAUCGGCAAAGGAAGUAGCGAGGAAGACGUUCUCCUGUCUCUAAUCGGUGAUGAAGUUGUAAAUGGUAUUCAUCCGUCUCAAGAGCUUGUUAAUAGGUUGCUAUGUCGGUAUAAGGAUGAUUGGAAGUCUGCGUUGGGGAUAUUCAAAUGGGCUGGUUUGCAUACAAACUUUAAACAUUCUCAAGAAUCGUAUGAUAUGAUGGUAGAUAUAUUGGGUAGAAUGAAGGUGAUGGCAAAGAUGAGAGAGAUCUUAGAAGAAAUGCGUCAGGAGAAUCUCGUCACUCUCGAUACUAUAGCCAAAGUAAUGAGAAGAUUUGUUGGGGCAAAACAGUGGAAAGAUGCUGUGAGGAUAUUUGACGACUUACAGUUUCUUGGCUUGGAGAAGAAUACGGAAUCCAUGAAUGUGUUGCUUGAUACUCUAUGCAAAGAGAAAUUUGUUGAGCAGGCUCGUGAAAUUUACUUGGAACUGAAGCAUCACAUUGCUCCAAACGCUCACACGUUUAACAUAUUGAUUCAUGGAUGGUGCAAAAUCCGACGUGUUGAGGAGGCAGUUUGGACAAUCCAAGAAAUGAAAGGUUAUGGUUGUCGCCCUUGUGUUAUUAGUUAUUCCACCAUCAUUCAAUGUUAUUGUCAAGAACAGAAUUUUGACCGGGUCUAUGAACUUCUUGAUGAAAUGCAAGCUCAAAAUUGCUCUCCCAAUGUGGUCACUUAUACUACUAUCAUGUGUGCUCUGGCAAAAGCAGAAAAAAUCGACGAAGCUUUGCAAGUAGUUGAUAGAAUGAGCUCUACCGAAUGUAAGCCUGAUACUCUUUUUUACAAUUCGUUCAUUUAUACGUUGGGGAGAGCAGGUAGAAUAGACGAUGCUAUGCAUGUAUUCAAAGUUGCGAUGCCGAAAGCAGGUGUGACCCCAAAUACAUCCACCUAUAAUUCAUUGAUUUCUAUGUUUUGUUACUAUGCACGAGAAGAGAGAGCUUUUGGCGUUCUGAAGGAGAUGGAAGAGUCCGGCCUAUGUAAACCUGAUAUUCAGACUUAUCAUCCACUGAUCAAGUCAUGCUUUAAAAUGCGACAAGUAGAUAGUUUGCUAAAUGAUAUAUUAAAUGACAUGAUAGUUAAAUAUCAUAUUGGUCUUGAUCUUUCAACCUAUACACUGCUAAUUCAUGGGCUCUGUAGAGCAGAUAGAUGCAAGUGGGCAUUCGAUCUGUUUGAGGAGAUGGUCGAUCAAGAUAUAGUACCUAUGUAUAGAACUUGCCGUUUGCUCUUGGAUGAAGUCAAGCAGAAAAAUAUGUAUCAAGCUGUUGAGAAAAUUGAGAUACUUAUGAAGAAACUUUAAAUGCAAGUCUCUUUGAUAGAUACUGGUUCUUAAUGUAAUAGAAAACUCAAUCGAGAGUAUUCAAUAGACUUGGUUAUCUCCAACAUUCAAAUCCUCUCAAACACCACAGAUAAUCCUCUCUUUAUAUUAUUUAUUCCCUUUCAUUUAUAGCCUAUGAUCUCUCGAUUCCUUCUUGUUUGGUUGGAGUGACAGAGAAGAAAGUGGGAGAAGAGAAAGAAAGAGGUCAGAAGGAGAGAAUUGAGAAAGAGAAUGAGUUUCUUGUAACUUUAAUGAGAGAAAUACAAGAAAGAGAAGAAACAGAACUUUUGAGUAGGUAGAAGAAUGAGCCGAGAGAAAUGAUGUUUUUUGAAGGUUAAACUGCCCCUAAAACUAAGAAGCUUGAUCAGAAGACUCAAACCUGAAGUUGGUUAGGUUUGAUAUGUUGAAUGAUGAAGGGGAAGGUUACAACUAAAAUUCAGAAAUAAUGUCGUUGUAAAGUUUGAUUAUUUUCCAUUGAAGCACAGUUUCAAAGUUGUACGAGACUAUUCUUGCAGAGAGAUUGUAUAACCUAUUUAUGGAGUAUUUUGAUAUGGAUUCUUGAACAUAGAACAAAUGAUGAGUUUCAAGCACCCUCAAAGAAACAGGUUCAGUAAGUGUUGAGUCAUUGUCAUUCUCUAGUCACUAUAGAGUACAAACAUUACAGUAUCAACUAACAGAUUUUUAUUGAAACUCAGCGAUAACAGAGAAAUGGUGGUAUCGAUAAACUUGUUUUGAUGUUCUCUUUGUAAUACACUGUAAACUGCAAUACACUGUAAACGAUACUCUUUGGUGUUAGAAUUUUACUCAGAUACAUCUUGGUCAGUUCUCCUUGUAUCUCGUCUCUCCCAAAGUAGUAAGAUUUUCUUUUCUCA